UCACACACCUCAUUGUGGAAUCCCAUUUCAUAAAAUCUCAAACAUACGUCAAAGGUUCGUCCUAUUUCUUCUUUAUUUUUAACCAUGGAAAGAUACCAAACUGUUUCGCAUGCCUAGCCCCCUCAUAAAGUUCACGCUUACACCUGUACUUUUCAACCUAAUUAGAUAAACUCUUUAACACGUACCCUUUUCAGCCAACAUGAUUGGCUUCUGGUGGAUGGCUGCAGGGAUGUGGAAAAAAAUCCAAGAUAAAACAAGAGAGUAGGUAGAGAAACAAAGGGCAGAACAAGAUUUCUUUUUUCACAUGAAAGAUGUUAUUUUAUUGGUUGGUUUUAACUGAGGAAACUUCGCUUCAGGAUUGAGCUUCACUGCUGUUGGGUAGUUGGUUUUGAGUUUUCUUUAUUUUAGAUUGGGUAAAACUCUGCCAGUUAUUGAAGUUAAUGGCACUAUCAUUUCAUUCUUGGCAUCUGUAAUGGACAGGAGAAACGAUAUGAUCUGUUAUGGCAAUUAGCUUGCAGUUCACUGAAUAAGUUGGGGUGGUGGUGAGCGUAGUCUAAUUAAUCAGUCAAUGGGAUUCUGCCUGUCAUUUCUUUUCUUUUUGGCUUCUAUCCCUAUCAUUUUCGCUCAAGAUGUUAAAUAUGGUACAAUUGUGGUUGAUGGCACUAUGACGGUUGCUGAAACUGAUGACAAUUUCAUCUGCGCUACCCUUGAUUGGUGGCCUCAUGAUAAGUGUGACUACAACCAAUGUCCGUGGCACAAUUCAUCUGUCAUAAAUUUGGACUUGUCUCAUCCUUUUCUUGCAAAAGCUAUCCAAGCUUUCAGGCACUUGAGGUUAAGAAUUGGAGGUUCUUUGCAAGACCAAGUAUUGUAUGAAGUAGGAAAUUUGAAGUCUCCUUGCCAUCCAUUUAGAAAGAUGAAAGAUGGGUUGUUUGGAUUUUCUAAGGGAUGUUUACGUUUGGACCGGUGGGAUGAGCUGAAUCAUUUUUUCAGUAGAACUGGGGCCAUUGUGACAUUUAGCUUAAAUGCCCUCCAUGGGAGGCACCAGAUCAGGAGGGGUGUUUGGGGAGGAGCUUGGGAUUCAAGUAAUGCUUAUGAUUUUAUGAAUUAUACUAUUUCAAAGGGACACAAGAUAGAUUCAUGGGAAUUUGGUAAUGAGUUGAGUGGAAGUGGCGUUGGUGCAAGUGUCAGUGCAGAACUCUAUGGGAAAGAUGUUAUCAACCUUAAAGAUAUUAUCAAGGAUUUGUAUAAGAACUCUGACUUCAAACCUUCACUUGUAGCACCUGGAGGAUUUUAUAACCAGCAGUGGUAUGCUAAGUUUCUUCAGGUUUCAGGUUCAGGCAUAGUCAAUAUCUUGACUCAUCAUAUAUACAACUUAGGUGCAGGUGUCGAUCCCAACCUCACAAAUAAGAUAUUAGAUCCCCAUUAUUUGAGCAAGAUAUCAGAAACAUUCAGUGGUCUUGUGCAAACCAUUCAACAGAAUGGUCCUUGGGCUUCUGCAUGGGUUGGAGAAUCUGGUGGGGCCUAUAACAGUGGUGGUCGUCAUGUGUCAAAUACAUUUAUCAACAGCUUUUGGUACUUAGAUCAGCUCGGAAUGGGGGCCAAGUACCAUACUAAAGUGUAUUGCAGGCAAACAUUAAUCGGUGGAAACUAUGGUCUUCUGAAUACAACUACAUUUGUACCCAAUCCUGACUACUACAGUGCCCUUCUCUGGCAUCGGCUUAUGGGGAAAGGUGUUCUACCUGUUGGCAGCGAUGCUUCACCGUAUCUACGUGCUUAUGCCCAUUGCUCAAAAGGACGCGCGGGUGUAACUUUACUUCUAAUCAAUUUGAGCAAUCAGACUGAUUUUAUAAUCAGUGUUAGAAAUAAUCUGACAUUGAGGUUGCACGUCGAAAAGAAAAUUCAGAGAGAAAGCUCUUUCAUGCAUGUCCUUAAGAGAUCACUUUCGUGGGUUGGAAAUGAAGCAUCCGAUGGAGCUACCAGAGAGGAGUACCAUCUAACUCCAAAAGAUGGGUACCUUCAAAGCCAAACCAUGGUUCUAAAUGGAAUCCCAUUAGAACUUACCGAAAAUGGAGACAUCCCGAGAUUAGACCCUGUCCAUAAUAAUGUGAAUUCUCCUAUAUACAUCAGUCCACUGUCCAUUACAUUCAUAGUGUUCCCUAAUUUUGAUGCCCCCUCCUGUGCGUAACUGGCUGCACUUAUUACUCAGCUUUAUAAUUAUUUUGUCUUGUAUAUGAAGUUGCAGAAAGUGUAAUUUUGUGGUAAUUGUAACUAUGACGAGCUAUAGCAUCUACCAUUAUGUUGUGAAGGAAUUAUAUUAGAAUAAGAUGUAAUGCAUCAUUAGUUAUUUGAAUACUA